UUUAACAGUUAGUCAAAACGGGCACGUCGACGGGUCGGACUAUUUGGCUUUCCCGGUAGGAACGACUUCGCCGGAGCUCCGAUCAUCUUCCUCCUCUAUUGCUUAACAUACAUUUAUCAUGUUUCCGUGAGAGAAUCUUGGGACGUCGAUGAUUGCAAGUGUAUCCCAAAUCUCUUUCGGGAGCUUAAAGCGCUUUAUCUCUGCUUCACCUUCUCCACUGAAUCACGAGCUCGUUGAAAGACUGCGUACGUUAGUAAGGUCUAACGAUCUCCAGCGAGCUUUCUCAUUGUUCUAUUCUGCGCCUCUCGAGCUUCAGUCCCACCAAGCUUACGGCGCUCUGUUCCAAGCAUGUGCAGAGCAACGCAAUCUCCGUCACGGCGUUACCUUACACCACCACAUGCUCUCGCAUCCCUGUUCGUAUUCGCAAGAUCUUUUCCUCGCGAACCAUCUCAUCACUAUGUACACGAAAUGCGGGAAAGUAUUAUACGCGCGUAAGGUGUUCGAUGAAAUGUCUGAGAGGAACGUGGUUUCGUGGACUUCGUUGAUUACAGGGUAUGCAAAGGAAGGGGACGAGCAAGAAGAAGGGUUUAGUCUCUUCUCUGAUAUGUUAUCCCACUGUUUACCUAACGAGUUUGCGGUGUCGAGCGUGCUGACUUCGUGCCGGUACGAGGCUGGAAAGCAGGUACACGGACUUGCUUUGAAGCUGGGUUUGCAUUGUUCGGUUUACGUGGCGAAUGCGCUUAUCUCUAUGUACGGUAGGUGUGGUCGUGACGGCGCAGCUGGAUACGAGGCUUGGACUGUGUUUGAGGCCAUGGAGUUUAAGAAUUUGGUUGCUUGGAACUCGAUGAUUGCAGCUUUUCAGUGCUGCAAUCUCGGGAAAGAGUCUGUUGGUGUUUUUAUGCAGAUGCGUAGUGAAGGAGUGGGGUUUGAUCGCGCCACAUUGCUUAAUGUAUGUUCUUCUUUGUAUAAAUGCUCUGACUUGGUUCCUGAUGAGGUUUCGAAGUGUUGCCUUCAGCUGCAUUGUCUGAGUGUGAAGUCCGGGUUUGUGACUCAGGCUGAAGUGGCUACUGCAUUGGUUAAAGUUUAUUCGGAAGUUUUAGGAGAGUUUAGUGAUUGCUACAAGCUUUUUAUGGAAAUGAGUCAUUGUAGAGAUAUUGUUGCUUGGACUGGGAUUAUAACAGCGUUUGCAGUGUAUGAUCCAGAGAUGGCUAUUCAUCUCUUUGGUCAGUUGCGUCAGGAGAAGCUGAGUCCUGACUGGUAUACUUUCUCAAGUGUAUUAAAAGCUUGCGCGGGACUUGUCACUGCUCGACAGGCUUUGACUAUACACGCUCAGGUCAUUAAAGGUGGUUUUGGUGCGGACACAGUGCUGAACAACUCUUUAAUCCAUGCUUAUGCUAAAUGUGGCUCUCUUGACUUGUGCAAACGUGUGUUUGACGAUAUGGAUUCGAGGGAUGUUGUGUCCUGGAACUCAAUGCUCAAAGCUUACUCGCUGCACGGACAAGUAGACUCGAUUCUACCAGUCUUUCAGCAAAUGGACAUCAAGCCCGAUUCAGCGACUUUUAUAGCCCUUCUCUCGGCUUGCAGCCACGCUGGACGAGUAGAAGAAGGAAUGAAAAUAUUCAGAUCCAUGUUUGAGGAACCUGAAACUCUUCCUCAGCUAAAUCACUACGCUUGUGUGAUCGACAUGCUGGGUCGAGCUGAGCGUUUUACGGAUGCAGAGGAAGUUAUCAAGCAGAUGCCAAUGGUCCCAGACGCCGUAGUUUGGAGCGCGCUACUGGGUUCGUGUAGGAAACAUGGUAACACACAUUUAGGUAAGUUAGCGGCAGAUAAACUGAAAGAGCUAGAACCAACAAACUCGUUGAGUUACAUCCAGAUGUCAAACAUAUACAGUGCAGAAGGUAGCUUCAACGAAGCCGGUAAAAGCAGAAAGGAGAUGGAAACAUGGAGAGUGAAGAAAGAACCAGGCUUGAGCUGGACUGAGAUAGGAAACAAAGUUCACGAAUUCGCGUCUGGAGGACGCCGCCGCGCAGACAGGGAAGCCAUAUACAAGGAACUCGAGAGGCUUAUUGGUCGGUUAAAGGAGAUGGGUUACGUCCCAGAGAUGAGGUCAGCGUUACAAGAUAUAGAAGAGGAAGAACAGAAGGAAGAGCAUUUGUUGCAUCACAGCGAGAAAUUAGCAUUAGCUUUUGCUGUGAUGGAGGGAAGAAGAAGAUCACACGAUGGUGGUGUUGCUGUGAAUGUGAUACAGAUAAUGAAGAACAUAAGGAUAUGCAUUGAUUGCCAUAACUUCAUGAAACUGGCGUCUAAGCUUUUGGGGAAAGAGAUUCUUGUGAGAGACUCGAAUCGGUUUCACCAUUUUAAAGAUUCUUCCUGCUCUUGUAACGACUACUGGUAAUCGCCGACAUUGAGACAUAAUGUUACUUCUAUCUCAAGACAAGGACAAGGACAAGGACUGGUCUGGAAAUAAAUAAAAUUA